AUGGGUGGUGUUGAUAAAUUAGAUCAACUUAUAAGUUAUUAUCGUAUAUUUAUACGAUCUAGAAAAUGGACUCUGAGAAUGAUUAUGCAUGCAUUCGAUAUGGCGAUUUCUAAUUGUUGGAUACAAUAUAAAAAAGAAGCUGACAUUUUGAAAGUACCAAAGAAAAAAAUAAUGGAUUUAUUGGAUUUUCGAAUGGAAUUAGCUGAAAAUUUAAUUUUAGUCGGAAAACCCAUUACUCCCAAAAGAAGAGUACGUCCAUCAAGAGAGCAGCGAGAGCAGCUACCAAUUCCAGGGCCACCGUUGAAGAAAAACAAAGUAGACGCUGUACAACCAACCAGAGAAUUGUAA